CGAGAGAGGGAGAGAGAAAGAGAGCGAUAGCGUGGGAGGGGAGGCUCGUGCGCCGGCGAGCAAAUCGUGUGUCAGACUCGUGGCAGAGGGGUCAGCGCGAGAGAAAGAACGACACGAACCGAACAUUUUCUGGACUUAGCGGGAACGUGAUAUAUCCGCGGAAGGAUGAACGACAUGGAAGCUUACGGGGAUGGAUACAUGGAGCCCGAGGAAGAAUGGGAGAGGGAAGGUCUUUUGGACCCAGCUUGGGAAAAACAGCAGAAAAAGACAUUCACAGCAUGGUGCAAUUCGCACCUUCGCAAAGCCGGAACCGCUAUCGAAUCGAUCGAAGAGGACUUUAGAAAUGGACUGAAAUUAAUGUUAUUACUUGAAGUAAUUUCUGGCGAAACUCUGCCAAGACCAGACAGAGGCAAAAUGAGGUUCCACAAGAUCGCGAAUGUGAAUAAAGCUCUUGAUUACAUUGCCAGUAAAGGUGUAAAAUUAGUUUCUAUCGGAGCAGAGGAAAUCGUGGAUGGCAACUUGAAGAUGACAUUGGGUAUGAUCUGGACCAUCAUUCUGAGAUUUGCUAUUCAAGACAUUUCUGUGGAAGAAAUGACUGCUAAAGAGGGUCUUUUACUGUGGUGCCAACGUAAAACUGCACCAUACAAAAAUGUCAAUGUUCAAAACUUCCAUCUAUCCUUCAAGGAUGGUUUGGCGUUUUGCGCGCUCAUUCAUCGUCAUCGCCCUGAUUUGAUUGAUUACAAUAAACUUAGCAAGGAUAAUCCUUUAGAAAAUUUGAACACUGCCUUUGAUGUUGCUGAAAAGUAUCUCGACAUUCCUCGUAUGUUAGAUCCUGAUGAUUUGAUCAACACACCCAAGCCAGAUGAGCGUGCAAUCAUGACGUACGUGUCCUGCUACUACCAUGCGUUCCAAGGUGCUCAGCAGGUCAAUAUGCGAAAUACAGCAAUGCCUGAUGAGAGAGCUGUGAUGACCUACGUUUCCUCAUACUACCACUGCUUUAGCGGUGCACAAAAGGCAGAGACUGCCGCAAACAGAAUAUGUAAAGUUCUAAAAGUGAAUCAAGAAAAUGAGAGACUCAUGGAAGAAUACGAACGACUGGCAUCUGAUUUACUGGAAUGGAUAAGACGAACCAUGCCUUGGUUGGCUAGUCGUCAGACCGAUAAUUCCCUUGCCGGUUGUCAGAAAAAAUUAGAAGAAUAUAGAACGUACCGUCGUAAGCAUAAACCACCGCGAGUUGAGCAAAAAGCCAAACUCGAAACGAAUUUUAACACUUUACAAACGAAACUGCGACUGAGCAAUCGACCUGCUUAUAUGCCAACUGAAGGAAAAAUGGUAUCCGAUAUAAAUAAGGCUUGGAAAGGUUUAGAGUUGGCAGAGAAGUCAUUCGAAGAAUGGCUCUUGUCGGAAAUGAUGCGUCUUGAGCGUUUGGAACAUUUGGCUCAGAAAUUUAAACAUAAAGCUGAUGCUCAUGAAGAGUGGACUGCAGGAAAGGAAGAGAUGCUCACAUCACAACAUUUCCGACAGUGCAAACUCAAUGAACUCAAAGCUUUGAAGAAAAAGCAUGAAGCUUUCGAAUCUGAUCUUGCGGCGCAUCAGGAUCGCGUGGAACAGAUAGCUGCCAUUGCUCAGGAGCUCAAUACUUUGGAGUAUCACGAUAGUGCGUCCGUUAAUGCUAGAUGUCAACGAAUUUGCGACCAAUGGGAUCGCUUGGGUACUCUUACUCAACGUAGACGUCAGGCCUUAGAUGAGGCCGAACGUAUUCUUGAAAAGAUCGACGUCCUACAUUUGGAAUUCGCUAAACGAGCUGCUCCGUUCAAUAAUUGGUUGGAUGGAACCAGGGAAGAUCUAGUAGAUAUGUUUAUCGUUCAUACGAUGGAGGAAAUCCAAGGUUUAAUGGAUGCUCAUGCUGCGUUUAAAGCAACUCUUGGAGAAGCUGAUAAGGAAUACAAUGCUAUUGUGGGAUUAGUGCGUGAAGUUGAAUCAAUAGUUAAACAGUUCCAAAUUCCGGGAGGUCUUGAAAAUCCGUACACUACUCUCACUGCUUUGGAUCUUACGAAGAAAUGGAGCGAUGUCAGACAACUUGUACCUCAACGUGACGGUACACUGCAAGCGGAACUUCGCAAACAACAGAAUAAUGAAUUACUUCGACGACAAUUUGCUGAGAAAGCUAAUGCCGUUGGCCCGUGGAUAGAACGUCAACUAGACGCAGUUACAGCUAUUGGUCUCGGUCUUCAGGGUACUUUGGAAGAUCAAUUACAUCGUCUGAAAGAAUAUGAACAAGCGGUUUAUCAAUACAAAGCUCAUCUUGAAGAACUGGAGAAGAUUCACCAAGCUGUCCAAGAAGGCAUGAUAUUUGAGAACCGAUACACUCAAUAUACGAUGGAAACUUUACGAGUUGGAUGGGAGCAAUUACUUACUUCAAUAAAUCGUAACAUUAAUGAAGUCGAAAACCAAAUUCUUACUAGAGAUUCGAAGGGUAUUACGCAAGAACAACUUAAUGAAUUUCGUAGUAGUUUCAAUCAUUUUGACAAGAACCGUACAGGUAGAUUGGCUCCUGAUGAAUUCAAAUCCUGUCUUGUUUCUCUGGGUUAUUCCAUUGGAAAGGAUAGGCAAGGCGACAUCGAUUUCCAGCGUAUUCUGGCUAUUGUUGAUCCAAAUAAUUCUGGUUACGUACAUUUCGAUGCGUUCCUAGACUUUAUGACUCGCGAAUCUACAGAUACAGACACAGCUGAGCAAGUAAUCGAUAGUUUCCGUAUACUUGCUGGAGACAAGCCAUACAUUUUGGCCGAUGAACUGAGAAGAGAAUUGCCACCUGAUCAGGCUGAAUACUGUAUUCAGCGAAUGCCUCCAUACAAAGGACCGAAUGCAAUCCCUGGAGCAUUGGAUUAUCGUUCAUUCUCUACUGCUCUAUACGGUGAAUCAGAUUUGUAAGGAUACAUAUCAAAAAUCAUGAAAACUUUUUGGACGAUUUCCAUUUUAAAAAGCAGAUGAAAUGUUAUUUGAAACGUAUGCCGCACGUUUUGGUACUCUAACGCAUCUUUAUAAAUUGAGAAUCUCAACGCGAUCAAAGAAUCAUUGACUAGCCUCAAGAAAUAUAGUAUAAUAUUCGGAGCGUUUGGGAUGAAAAGGCUCUAAUACGUUUACACGUGUCACGAGUGUUAGCAAUUUUUUAUUCGUGAUAUUUUUUUAACGUAAAGGAACCUGAGCUAUACCGAUAAAUUUUGAUACACUGAUAUUUGCUAAGAUGUCUAUUCUCUAUCGUUAUCACGAGAUGAAAUUGACGUAUAGCGCUCGAUGAAGGUGGUCCGUACUUAAAUAAGUCUGUACAGUGACAAUAAAUAUACACAAUUUAGAUACCUUGACGUUAAAAGAGUAGCACAAUCGAAUACAACAGAUUCUUCUAGAACGUUUGCUUCUUGCCUAUGUCUACGGUGAGUCCUAUAAUUAGUAAGUUAAUGUUUCAAUUGUAUAUAAACAUGUCCGAGAAGUCACAUGAGUACCAAUAAUAGAGAGAAUAAUAAGCAUUUCCUUUCCGUAAAUGUUCCAGAAAAGGAGAGGAUAAUAUAGUUCCAUAAAUGAUUAAUAUGCUAAAAUGGAAAACGUGAUUAAACGGUUUAUUAUGUACAAUUUUCGCGUGCAUCGAUAUUGCAGUCGUACAUAUUGUUCAAAAAAAUUCCAUUUUAUUGGGAGUAUUUGUAUAUUUUUGAAAAAGCUGUUUAAAUCGUAUCAUACAAAAAAUAGCUUAAUUUCUCCUUGGAAAGAAAAGUUUGAUUUGUCUAAACGAGAUGAUUGUUUCAGUUGAAAAACUAAAUAUGAAUAUCUCACAGUUCCUAUUCAUAUAUAACCCAGCAGGAGAUGAUGGGAUUUUCUUUAUUUUUUUAUAAAAUAAAGCUUUGUAAAGAAAUAGUUACUCAGAUUUAAACGUAAGGCGCAAAUCGAUGUUCGUAAAAUAUGCGAAAAUUUAUAAUGUGUGUAUAAAUUAAGAAUAUUAACGAUAUAAACGAAUAUUUGGAAAUUCGUACAUACGUACGAAACGACUUUCUCGCUAAGAAUCCAGAAAAUACUACGCUCGAAAUCGAACACAACGUUCAUAUUUUUUUAUAAUAAGCGGCAUAACGAAUUCUUAACGAAAGAGGGGGGGGGGCCGCUUUUACAUUUCGUAAAUCGUAUAUUAAAUAAUAAUGCGAAACGAUGCUAAAGAAAGCAAAUUAUUUAUUUAUUUGAAUUAAACGAUUAUUUAUUAUUGUUCCGAUAAUUAAUUAUGGUAGUAAAACAAAGCCACUUUUUCAAAGUAUUUAUUUUUAUAAAUAUUUGACAGAAGUGAUAAAUGAAAGGCCACUGUAAUAUAAGACCCAUUAUGUAAAAUUUUCAAAUAGCAACCGCCAUUCUUGGUGUCAUGUUUAUUAGAUCACAAUUUAUAUCAGCAGUCUAAAUAUCAUUUUAUCGAAUCAUUGUUAUUUAAGGUCAUGGAAGACGCUCGUGUGUGAAAUGCAAUUACUUAUUUGAGAGGAGAAAAAAGUACUGUGACGUUUUUUGCUUUGAACUAGUGCUUCUUUAAUAUGUAUCUUAACGCGUUUUACGAGUUCACUUUAAUUCCUCUUACAUUUAUUUUUGUUAAAAAAUAAAAUUAUUAUUGGGCUUUUUAUAGAAAUGAACAACAUAAAAAGAACUGGGGAGAUCUACUGAACAGUAUAUACUGAGGCAUAUAUAUAUAUAAAUACACAGACACACAUGCACACGCGCACGCACACGACAUACAUACACAGAAGGUUGAGAUUAUGAACAUCCAUUUUGAUAUCGAAACAUAAUGAAUCUGUAAUAAGUACAUAUGUGUUCAAUGUAUGUAUAGCCGAAAGAAAUAGUUUUGAAAAUCAAAUUUUUCGAUGCGUUCAUAUCGUAUUAUGUAUACGUAUACAUUCUCAUUAAUAAUCACAUAUAUGCAUAAUUAUAAUUCUUAUAAUUUUAAAUCAUUUAAUGUAACUUUUACAAUCUUAAUUCGAUCUACACAUCAGUUGGACAAUCGUAUCGUAUUGCAUAUUACACUUGUCAACUAUUCUACCUAUUUUUCUUUUAUCAGUUCCAUCUUCCUCAGCUAGUUUAAUAACAAAAAGCAUUGUAAAAUCAAACUAUGAGAAAAUAAAAAAUGGUCUUUAAAGAGAGAAAGAGAGAGCGAAAGAGAACGAGAGAGAGAGAGAGAGAGAGAGAGAGUGAGUGAGUGAGAGAGGACCGUUCAAGUUUUGUAUCGAAAAUAAAGCGACAAGAUUGGGUAGUUAUUUUUAACGUAUCCUAAUAUGCGUCAUAUCAAGUGGGCGAUAUAACAAAGGCUAUUUAAAUAAAAAUUUCUAACAGUGUGGUUAAAAAUGAAUGCUUUUAUUCCAAACGUAAAACUUAUUAUAUAUGUAAUUCCGAUUCAACUUUUUUGAUCGAGUGCAAAGAGUUUUACAAGUACAUGUAUUUUACAAAGAUACACUUUAUUAAGUUUCUCGGUACUACAUGUACUAACGCUUAAGUUAUUUCAUCGAUACGCCAUGCAAUAAAGUAAACUAGAUCUAUGUAUAUACAAUAACUAUAAUAUUUACAGACAAAUUUUUAACUAUAAUAUCACCACGUUUCGUUUCCGUUAGAUAUGGCUACAUGCGUUUGUAAAAAUUUAGCCGAAUCUUUCUUGUUCGUUGUAUAAUGAAUUGGUCAUGAUUUAGUUUAAAUAUGAAUUAAAAAUUACUUUAUGUCUGA